GUGCUGUGCUCCGCCGCCGACGCCCGCGAGCAUGACUCCCGCGCAUUUCGCGCUCGCCGCGGCCGCCGCGCUGCUCGUCUGCGCGCGCGCAGAUUUAGACGAAAUAAACAUGAGCUUGAAGAUGUUCCCAAGUAUCUUACAGGACAGUACAUAUGAUACGCAAAGAGAACGCGAUUCAGAGAACGUACUGGCUAAUGAACCGAAAGAAAUCGUAUACAGUGCGCUGAAAGAUGGGAAGCUGCAUAAAUUGUUUCCACAUGAAGACAAAGUCAUUAGCUCACAAAUACAGAAGUUCAGCGUCCCUCAGAGUAUAGUGACGAGUGGGCGCCAAGCUAAGACAUAUAAACCAAAGGAUAGAGUUACUGUGUCAACAAAGACUCUUCACUAUGACAAAGCUGUCUCGGGUGGGACGGAGCUGCCGCGCGGCUGCCUGUACGAGGGGCGCUGGCACAAGGAGGGCGGCGUGGUGGGCACGCGCGAGGACUGCCUGCGCUGCGUGUGCGCGCGCGGCGCGCUGUCGUGCCGCCGCCGCGCCUGCGCGCCGCUGCCCGACCCGCUGCCGCCGCGCUGCCACGUGCGCCAUCGCCGCGGCGCCUGCUGCCCCGAGCUGCACUGCCCAGACGGAGUGAAGCUUAUGGAGCACGGAGCAGUGGCGAGAUUCGAAACUGAGACCGAGACCGAGGCAGUGCCUUCAACGGCAACACCGGCUUCCGUCAGCAAUGCGUGCGUGGAGGGCGGCAGCGUGUUCGCGGCGGGGUCGGCGCUGGAGUCGCGCGUGGCGUGCGAGCAGUGCUUCUGCCUGCGCGGCGCGCGGCGCUGCGUGCGGCCGUCGUGCCUGCCGCCGCCGCCGCACUGCGCGCCGCGCCCCGCGCCCGGCGCCUGCUGCCCGCAGCGCUACUACUGCGACUCCGCCACCAAGCCCUACCUGAACCGCAAUCACUACGAUUGCCAAGUGGACGGGAUACUGGUUACCGAAGGGUCCCCAGUGCCCUCGCACAGCAACUGUUCCGCAUGCUUCUGCCUGCGCGGGGAAGUGCGCUGCCAGGCGCUGGGCUGCGCGCCGGCGCUGGCCGGCUGCCGGCCGCUGCUGGCGCCCGGCGAGUGCUGCGCCAACCAGUACAUCUGCGACCACGACGACCCAGGACAUCAGUCAUCCGCCAUAAUGGAUCCGGAAAACUCGCAAUCUUCUAUGAGGUACGACGAGAGAACAUUCCACUCUUCCCAAAAAAGCAAGCUAGAAAGUACAACAAGCAAGACCAAAACGAGUCUAUACUCUUUAAAACACACAUCUUUCGCAUCAGCCACUAAGAAUCACCUAAUAACAACUACCAAGGUUAAAAGAAAAACCGACGAACCUUUAAGAUCUAGUGAAGCACAAUCUCAAAAAACUAAUACUGCAUCUACUAAUACGACGUCAAGUCAGAUGACUGAUGAUCGAGAAUUUGACGACGAGGAUGAAGACGAACCCGAUGAUGCAACAGAACAACCUGAAGGUAGCGUCAAAAUAGUAAUCAACGGAACCAUAAAUUGCACAGCUGAACUGUCAUCGACAUCCUUACCUCUGAGCGUUACUGCUAACGAUACCGACGUAGAGUUGGAGGUGAUGCCCAGAGUACCGAUCAUUGAGCUGGAAGCACAAACCUAUUCACCCAACGAUAUUAUAACCGAUAGGAAUGUCAACGAUGGUUUUGAUGACAGUGAUACUUUUACGAUUAACGUGACGAGCUCUUUGAUGACUAAUACCAGUCACUCGACCUCCAGGCCAAUUGUCACGGGCCCCAAAAUACCAAUCCUCUCUGAAUCACUCAACAGUUCCAAGAAGAAAAAGGGAGAAUAUGAUUACGACUACACUGAGCCGACACUGCCGCCAUCGUUGCCGAACUUGAAGAUAAUUCCAUUCGUUGCUGCUGACGCGGUGGUUGAUAAUGAGCCAGUAAAAGACACCAUCUCGUAUCCAAUUUUGGAGAGAGGAGAGAAAUUCCCCGUGUACUACCCGACGGCUGAAACUGAGGAUUCUACGUUUCCUAGUAAACGAGAGAGUGUCUUCGAACCAACGCAGUACCCCGUCUUUGUACUCGGCAAAGAAGAACCGUCAUACCCUCCCAUCAGUCACAAAUUAGAUCCGAAAAGAGACCGAUACCCUGAGAACAGCGGUCUGAGUGUUCAGGAGUACACAGUGUCCGCUUCACUGGGUCAUGGAUCCGAUGUGAAGGGUGUAACGAAGGCGCCGACUACCAGUACCACUUUUGCUGUUGAGACUCCAGCGAUGAACUUAUUCUCUCCACCAUUAGAAACCGAAGGUGGUUUCAUCCCGAAGGGUUCUGGUGUCAUCGACGAAUUCUUCACGGUGUUCUCCAGUACGCUGCCAACCCCGGCCAGUACCCCGGUCAAUACCCCGGCCAUUACUCCGGCCAUUACCCCGGCCAAUACCCCGGCCAAUACCCCGGCCUAUACCCCGGCAAAUACGCCGGCCAAUACGCCGGCUAUACCUCAUCUCACUACGUCCAUGCAAUUAAAUGUGCAUAGAGUACACCAAACGAUUGAAGGCGAGUGCAUCGCGAAGGACGGGCGGCGCGUGCUGGGCGGGCAGUCCAUCGUGAUGGGCUGCCAGCUGUGCACGUGCUCGUGGGUGGAGCUGGUGUGCGAGCGUCGGCCCUGCCCCGAGCGGCCCGGCUGCCGCCGCCUGCCGCCCGGCAACCACUCGCUAGACCCCUGCUGCGGGGACUUUGACUGCCAUGCAGAAAACCACACUUCCACCGGCGUAACUCUUGAAAAAGAUAAUAAGAGAAACCAAACCGAAGUAGAAGUUGACAAGCACGACUCCUCUGCGGUCAUUGUAAACAAUAUGACUAACCCAGAGCAACAGAUAGCCACAAAUACUCCAAGUGUAUCUGCUGAGAAGUCACCUACUCCUACUGGUGGUGUUGCAGCUGCUACCAGCACGACUGCUGCCCCGACGCGCAGCACCGCCAAUCUCCCCAAGCGGACCACCACCACCACGCCUGUGCCAAGUAAACAAGCAGAUAACAGUUCACACGAAAGUGAAGAAGAAGAGGAUGAGGGAUUCUCUUUCGGUAGCGUACUGAAGCUUUUACUUAGCGAUAGCUAUGAAACAACAACCAUCUCCACAAGGAAGUCCACUAGCAGACCUCCAACGCGGUCCCCCUUGCCUACAGUGCCCAUUCUCUGGCCCGUAACCAGGACACCUCUCCCCGAGACUUUCUUUAAACCUGUCCCACCACCGAAUUAUGAGUUUCCCUCAAAAAUGAACACUGUUGAUCGGAUAGAUCACCUAGUACUGGGAGAAGCGACUGCCAUCAAACGAACAACACAGCGUCCGAUGACUGUCGCCACGGAGCGGAGGCAGGUCAUCGUGCAGGAGGAGCCUGUUCCGUUCACGUCCGUGUCUGCUGGACGACCGCGGCCUCCCAGCUUGGGAGUGCUGCCGGGCCCUGCUGUCGGGCCGGGCCUGCUCAAGCUAGCCGGCUGUAACAUCUACGGGAGGAUGUACAGAGUCGGCAGGAUCAUCACAGAGCUGUCGACUCCUUGCCAGGAGUGCUGGUGCACGGAGCUGGGCGUCCAGUGCAAGCCGCUGGACUGCUGAGGGGCAAACAAUAUGCAUUUACUGUACAGCGUGUGAUUGAGCGGUUGGUUAUACAAUAGCUCGGGGAAUAGACUCUCACUACUGGACGUGGUCGGACCCUGAAUCCUUACAAAUUGUUAUGUACUUGUGUAAAUUUAAGUUAUGUGUGAUCUUGUUGAGCCUAUUAGACUUAUAUUAAAUUAUGAACGUGAAAUCGACCAAUGCACAUCAGUAAAUUAAUACGAGUAGGUUUAAAUUGUCGGAAAUAAUCGAUGCCCGGUAGUGACUGUUUGUAUUCUUGUAUGAGCCUUAGGUAAAAUAUUUAUUUAUACAGAAUGGCCGGCAAUGAUCUCAUACGACAUAGACUAUCAUAGACGUGAAUUAUAUUAGUUUCGGGAGGAGUGCAUGCCGGCGUGCUUGGUGCGUGAGUGCAGCAUCGCGCUCCGGUGCACGCACUGCUCAGCACGCGCCGACGCCUGCGCCUCACAACCCGGAGCGCAUUAACAACGUUAACAUCGUAGUAGACAGGGUGGCAUCGAUGUACUUAAGACUCGUAAUUCUAGAUUUAAAUGACAGUAAAUAUAAUGUCUAGCGUUAGCUUAGCAAAUAAAUAUUAUUAAAUUUGG